ACGUAGAUUACCGCUUUCGCUGGCGCUUCACGGCUCCGGUACCCAGCAUGGCUUCCUCUCGAACCUCCUCCACGGUACAGAGCUCGGGAUCUCAGCUCACUGCGGCAGGGAGCGCGGAGUGGCAGGCGACCAAAACUAAAGCACCUGAUGACUUAGUUGCUCCUGUUGUGAAGAAACCACACAUCUACUAUGGAAGUUUGGAAGAGAAGGAGAGGGAGCGUCUGGCCAAAGGAGAGUCUGGGAUUUUGGGAAAAGAAGGACUUAAAGCAGGAAUCGAAGCAGGAAAUAUUAAUAUAACCUCGGGAGAAGUGUUUGAAAUUGAAGAACACAUCAGUGAGCGACAGGCGGAAGUAUUGGCUGAGUUUGAAAGAAGGAAGCGAGCCCGGCAAAUCAAUGUUUCCACCGAUGACUCAGAGGUCAAGGCUUGCCUUAGAGCCUUGGGGGAACCUAUCACACUUUUUGGAGAGGGCCCUGCGGAAAGAAGAGAAAGGUUAAGAAAUAUCCUCUCAGUGGUCGGUACUGAUGCCUUAAAAAAGACCAAAAAAGAUGAUGAGAAAUCUAAGAAGUCCAAAGAAGAGUAUCAGCAAACCUGGUAUCAUGAAGGACCAAACAGCCUGAAGGUGGCUAGACUAUGGAUUGCUAAUUAUUCACUGCCCAGGGCAAUGAAACGCUUAGAAGAGGCCCGUCUCCAUAAAGAGAUUCCUGAGACAACUAGGACUUCCCAGAUGCAAGAGCUACACAAAUCUCUCCGGUCUUUGAAUAAUUUCUGCAGUCAGAUUGGGGAUGAUCGGCCUAUCUCCUACUGUCACUUUAGUCCUAAUUCCAAAAUGCUGGCCACAGCUUGUUGGAGUGGGCUUUGCAAGCUCUGGUCUGUUCCUGAUUGCAACCUCCUUCACACUCUUCGAGGCCAUAACACAAAUGUAGGAGCAAUUGUAUUCCACCCCAAAUCCACUGUCUCCUUGGACCAAAAAGAUGUCAACCUGGCUUCUUGUGCUGCUGAUGGUUCUGUGAAGCUUUGGAGCCUUGACAGUGAUGAACCUGUGGCAGAUAUUGAAGGCCAUACAGUGCGUGUGGCUCGGGUAAUGUGGCAUCCAUCAGGACGUUUCCUAGGCACCACCUGCUAUGACCGUUCAUGGCGCUUAUGGGAUUUGGAAGCUCAAGAGGAGAUUCUGCAUCAGGAAGGCCACAGCAUGGGUGUGUAUGACAUUGCCUUCCAUCAAGAUGGCUCUUUGGCUGGCACUGGGGGACUGGAUGCAUUUGGUCGAGUUUGGGACCUACGCACAGGACGUUGUAUCAUGUUCCUAGAAGGCCACCUGAAGGAAAUCUAUGGAAUAAAUUUCUCUCCCAAUGGAUACCACAUUGCAACUGGCAGUGGCGACAACACCUGCAAAGUGUGGGAUCUCCGGCAGCGGCGUUGCAUCUACACCAUCCCUGCCCAUCAGAACUUAGUGACUGGUGUCAAGUUUGAGCCUAUCCAUGGGGACUUCUUGCUCACUGGUGCCUAUGAUAACACAGCCAAGAUAUGGACCCACCCAGGCUGGUCUCCACUGAAGACUCUGGCUGGCCACGAAGGCAAAGUGAUGGGCCUAGACAUUUCUUCCGAUGGGCAGCUCAUAGCCACUUGCUCAUAUGACAGGACCUUUAAGCUCUGGAUGGCCGAAUAGGCAAGACCACAGAAAAAGGACUCAAACCACAGGCUCUCCCUUAGGAGCCAUUUUCCUCAAAAGAAAAGAAUUGAUGUGUUUUGUUCUAUCAUGUUUUCUGCCAAUUACUAUGUAUAGACAGACCCUCAAUAAAAUUGGAUUUCCAUGACAGCCCACACUCCAGGCAGGCAGCCGGCACAGUCCCUAGGUGAUGGUGAACUCCUUUCACAGUUGAAAUUUUAAUUCUCAUCUUCAGGCCCUGCCACGAACAGCGUAGACAUCGUUUUUAUUAACCUUGGUUUGAACGCCCUGUAGCCUCCCUCACAACACUCAGGAUUCUGACUGACUCCAUUUUUAAUUCCUGAAACUUGACUUUCCAUAACAUGGUACAUGCUUCAGGACUACAUGUGACCCAGAGAGCAAGGUGGCUGGACUAUACUCUGGAAACCCUUGAGUAGAGGCACAACUCACUGUGCAUUGGUUAAAUGGUGCCUGACAGCGAGCACCUUUACUCUCCCUUGAGAAUGGGAGGUGAGACAGCAGACCACAGCUAUCCUGAUCGUUAUGUAUGUGGUGAAGAUUUUACCUCUUCCUGUUGCAUUCACUUGGAAUGCUAAUUGCAUCAGGAAGCUCAGAACUGAAUAUUUGCCUUGUCAGAAAAUGUCUUCCAAUUUACUUCAAAAUUUGGCAUCCUUCAUGUUACCCUAAAGCAAGGCCAUUGUGUCAGGAUUCAAAGAAAUUUUUAGAAAGCAAACGUCUCUAUUAUACAGCCUCCUUUGUGUUGGUUAGUUAAAGGAUGUACUUCAUGUAUUAAAGGCUACUUUAUGUCGAAGUAACUGGGAAAAGGUUCUUAAUGGGUAUUUCUAAACAUAAACCUUUUCUUUAUUACACACUUGCUAAGAGUAAAAACUAUCCUUUAAAGAAUAUUUCCUUUUUUAUUUAUUUAAGAAUUAUUUUCUAUAGUUAAGCAUUUUCUGAAUCCCAGUCAUUGGUCCAUAGAGGUCCCUUUUAUAGGUUUGGGAUAUAACAUUAUCCCAAAAAUGGAUUACUCCAAUUUCUGUCUCCUUAAUAAGCACGCUGUUAAAUUUUUUUAAAAAUAUUCCCAAGGUCAAGGAUUUGUAUCUCUGUACUGGCCAGCUGCAAAAAAAUAAAUAAGUGCUCUUUGCGUUGUGGACCAGACUACCAAUGAGCUGUAUCUGGGCUCUGUAAUUCUUAUUUAUCAGUCAUGCAGCAAUUCCUUCACCUCUUUCCACCCGAAAUAUACAGCCUCUGAACUCUGAAGUUGCAUAGUAAAUUAACUCAAAGAUAUAGGAAUUUGGAAGAGGAAAGGAUUGCGUGUAGAAAAUUAAAGCAGGAUUUAUACGGUGACCUCCCCUUUUCAUUUGCUGUUCCAGAGAGGUUGAGAAUGGGUUUGUCUGCUUCUGUUCUGCCAACUAUGAAUGUGUGAUUCAUAGCUAUACUGUCUUAAAUGUGAGUCCAAUUAUAACUAAGUAGUUGCAAUUCCUAUG